AUGCCCGGCAACUCCAGGCAGGUCUCUUCUAUCUCUGCUAUCUUUGAUAGCGAUAGCAUUUCAAACAGCGACCACCAUUCUCGCAGAGAAUCUUACAUGCGAAAGAAAGCCAAUGGGGUAGGAUAUUCCAAUAUCACCAGCGUGGUCCAGUCCCUCCACCGUCGUAGUGGUGAUGAGCUGGGUACCACUGCUUCGUCCAAGCUCUUGGACAUUUCGCAUGCCUCACUUAUUGAAUGGAUUCUUCUGGGAUGGGCGCAACUUUUUGUCGAAAGAUUGAACUCUUUUGACAGUGCCAUCCAUGACUUUGCGGGUGAUAGCUAUCUUGCCGCUCAGCUUUCGUAUGGUUACUGUGCCAUGCUCCUCGAGCUUGGCAAGGAGAACGCCCAGGCCCUGAUGACCUCCUUUGGAUUCUUUUACAGCACAUCUUCCACGCUUGUGAACCUGCUUGCGCGGACCGAGUUGUUCUCUGUCUCACAGGAAAUCAAGGAGCAAUUGAUCCUGGCCUUGUCUGACUUGGUCACUUUGGUCGCGAGCGUGUCAACCCACUUCCACAAGGCGAUUCGUGAAUUGACCACUACAUCUAUUUCUGUCAAUAUCUAUGACACGUUCCCUGGUCAAAUCCAAUCAUUCCGUGAGCGCUGUGGAAAGAUUGCUGAGUCCAUGUGGAGACACCAGCUUGCGAAGGAGAACAUUGAUACAGAUAGAGUCUCUGUUGUCCAGUCUGUUAGAUCUUGGCUCGCACCUGAAGAUCGCGUUCUCAGCCAUCUCGCCGAGAAUAUCUCUCACCUUGCCCAUGAGCGAGAGGAAUUAACCUGUCUCUGGAUGAGCUCAUACUUGACUCGUUUUCUGAAGAGCCCGGCAACCACUCUCUCCUUCUCCGGAAAGCCGGGAUCUGGAAAAACUGUACUUGCGUCUGUUAUUGUCGACCGUUUGCAAGAGCAAAUCGGCGGAGUCACCUAUAACGCCUUGUUUAUUCCCAUCAACGCGAGGAUUCCAGCAGAGACUACUCCUGCUGCUAUCGCCAAGACUAUCCUCUUUCAGCUCUUUGAGAAGCGUAUUGGAAAUAUCCAGCUCUUACACAUCUUGGGCGAUGCCUACGAGCGCAGCCGGAAGACCACCAGUGCUGCUGACUACGAGAACAUCCUUUGGAAUGCACUAGAACGUGCCUUGGCCGCCGCUCUCAAGGAUGCCAAAGAGUUGGUUAUUGUCGUUGACGGUCUUGAUGAGGCUUCCUGCGGCGAGGCAACUCUCCUCAAAAGACUUACUGCGGCAACUAAUAAUUCAACCAAUGUCAAGCUGAUUACUCUCGGAACUGAGAUACCACCAGCCUCAGAGAGUGUGAUGCACGUUUCGGUCAACGAGGAUCGGAUUGUUGAGGAUGUCUCUACGGUGGUGCGGAGCAAUCUCAUCCACAGCCAUAGCUUUCUGGAAUUGUCAGACUUGAGCCAGGAAACCGUUGUGGAUCAGAUAUCUGAAGCAUCUCGUGGCUCCUUCCUCUGGGCCAAGCUUUGUACCAAGCGGGUUCGUCAUGAACACACCCCUGACAACCUCCCAAAGGCCGUCGAGACUAUUAUCAACAGCAAGCCAACCAUCGCCGACUUUGUUCUUCAUACUAUACAGUCUCCUGAAGUCAACGAGGAUGCUAAAUACAUGUUGCUCUGGCUUGCUACAGCCGAGCGCCCCUUGCUGUUAAAGGAGCUCGUCACUCUGGCCUCCAUUCAGACUGACAAGUACACGAUCACUGAUCGCAAGCUGGAUCCAUUGCACGUCCUAAGGCCCCUGAACUCUCUUGUUUUCCUACAAGACGGUCAGGUGUAUCUUCGCCAUGGGCUCAUCCGGACUGCGGUCUUAGAUGUCUUCUCCAAGGGGAAACUCACCCAAGCGGUCAAGGACCGUCACGUCGACUUCGUUACUCGGCUGUUUAUCUACAUCAAGAAUGCCGUUUCCGAGCAUCAUGAGCCGUCUUUGACCCCUCUAGAUCGACAUGAUACCACUGUGCUAGUGUCAAAACAUCCUCUCCUUGAUUUUGCUGUUAGAUACUGGCCUCUGCAUCUGAAGCAAACCUCGGUCUUUACAACUGGGGGUGAAGGACCCACAGCUAAGGAGUUUGGCAAGAUUUUACCGUUUUCUACUACUCUCUUGCUGCUGCAGAACGCUCUCUGGCAAAAAGUUUCAACCCCGACGUUGUUGUCUUAUCAGACCAUUGUCAUGAACCUAUGCCGCCAUUUACUUACCACGAACAACGUCGUGACUCUCCAGUCCAUCAUUUCCUUGGCUCUCCUGCGUCGGGAUAUCCACCACGUUUCUGAGGCCAUUCCUCUGUUUUAUGAGGUUACGACAGGUAGCCAGACAUUGCUCACAGCACGUCAUAUUGUCACGAUGCAGAUGGCCCGUCUGUUUCUCGACUUAACAGUGGAGCAAAUAACGACCACCAAGUCAGACAUCAUGGCUAAGCGUGAAAUUGUGCUUUGGUUGAUUGUCGAAUGCUACAAGAUCCACUACGGCAACACCUCGGAGCAAGUGGUCACGGUUCUCAAGACGUUGGUUGAGCAUUACCGCUUGAUUAAAGAGGAGAAGAGGGUCCAAGAGAUUGAAGUGACCAUCCAGUCAAUCACCGGUUCUCAAUACAGCACCGUUGAUGAUGAUGCCCACGGCGAUCUACAUGUUCAUCUAAACCGCCAUGAGCAAAAUGGCGAAACCGGUGUUCGCUUUGUCCUAGAUGUCGAGGAGGAUGACGUGAGAUCUGAAUCCUUCGACUCUGAAGCCCUGCUCAAACAAGCUCAGGCGUUUGUCGCUGAAGGCCGUGUCACCGAGGCCGAGUGCAUUUACGUUGAAAUCUGGCAGCGAGCUAGCAAGGAGUGCCGGAUGCAGCACUCAGAGCACUGGGAGCAGAUCAAGCUCAGGUCUGUUGUGAUUUACUCGAAAUUUCUUCAGUCUCAAAAGAGAGAGUAUGAGGCCUCAUCCAUUUUGUCCAGCGUUUGGGAAGAGUACAGGCAUACCAGCCUGUCUCUCUCACAGUCCUCUGCAUCACAUUUCCAAGAGAUUGCCUCAGUCAUGUCUGCCGUGGGACUCUCUGCUGCAGCUUUGAGUAUCUUCAAGCACUGCGCCUAUUACUACCAGAGUACCAACAGCACUUCCUCCUCGGCCUACUCGGAGAUCCAGAAAAGCAUUACAGCCACCUCGCAGCAAGUGAUGAAACAGGCCAGUUCUUCAUCUUCAGUCGUGUCGGAAACCACCUUGGAGGAAAUUGUCUUCGAGGCUUCCAGCUCCAUUACCAAGAUUGAUCAGAGCUCGUUUACUGCCACUCACACACUGGCUGAGCUGUACAGCUCUCAGCAUCGUUGGAAGGAUGCUACUCGGGUUCUUAAGAAGGUCCUUCACGGUCUUUGGCCAUCUCUGUUCGCCCCGUCCGUUCAGGAUGUAAACCUUCCGUCCAAGCACACCGACAAGUGUGUGGACCUUGCCGAGCGUCUCAGCCAGUGCUAUCACUACCGCCGUCGUUUCCUCCGAGAGGAGGGUAUUCGUGUGCGCGUCUACCAUGCUGUCCGCUUUUCUAAACCUGUCGAUGACAGGCUGAGGGAGCGCGUUACGACCGAGCUGCUCAAGCUCUAUGAACGUUCCUCCCAGCCUGACAUGGGUAUCAGCACCCGCCAGGAGAUCUUGGACGACUACACCAAGCACUACGGUCCCGAGCACCCCAUUGUCAUCAAGACCCUGUGGACUUUGGCUGAGCUUACACACCCUCGCCCCAUUUCUGUUGAAUACUACCAACGAAUCAUUCGGGCCUUGAACAAAGAUUCGCCCAAGUGCCAAGCCGAGGCAAUUGAGCCCCUUGUCAUUGUUGUGACUGAGCUGUGGAAUCAGAGUCGGUUCUCUGAUGCUGUGCCCUACUAUUCGCUGCUCUUCACUACUUUUCUAGAUGAUACCAAGAAGAGUCCAAGAUUCCAAAACCAGGACUUUGUCCUGGAGUUCUUCACCAGGUAUACUCACUGCUUGCGCAGUGUUCGCACUGAAAUCACUACACUGCACAAGAUCACUGUCGACUAUCAAUCAAAGGUCAAGACAGUGUUUGGUGUCACCGCCUCAAUCACUAUCAAGGCCACCUUGGCCCUCGCAAAGGUUUGCCAGGAGUCAAAGCGCUAUGAAACUGAGGUCAUCACUCUGUACGAAGAUUUGCUCAAGAUCAAGUCUGACGAGAUUGACUACGAUGAGAUCACUGCCAUCCUUGAUGGUAUUUACGAGGAGCAGACCAAGUCCGAGUCAAUCUCUUCCAUCCAGGUUGAGCGAGCCUCCAAGAUCUUGAGAAAGCGCAUUACUACCAUUCGCGAGACUCAUGGAUGGGCCCACGAAGAAUCUUUAUCCAAGCUCCAGGAAAUAGUUUCUUUCCACUCUAAACACAGUGAAACAGAGUCCGUCAUUCAGGAACUUAAAGAGUCUACCGUGCAGAUCCUUUCGUCGGAAUCAUCUUCCACCAGACUUGUUUCUGCCGCCGCUGUGAUUGCUUCCAGUUAUAUUGCAACCAACCAAGUUUCGAAGGCCACUGAACUGUCUCAGGAGCUCUACCGCCAGGUUGUCAUAAAAGACACUUCCAAUGUGAAGUCGUACAAGUUUGAUCUCUCGUCCAAGGGUCGCCAGAGCCUCAUCUUCUUGGCCCAGCUUGAGCACAGCCUUCGCCGGGGCCCUUCGACCAUUACUGAAAUCCUCGCUUCCUUAACCACGGAGUAUCUUUAUUUCGAGGAGUUCAGAAGCCAAAUUUCGUCGAAGAGUAGCUCCUUCCACGCCGUAUCUGUGCUUGCUGCACGUCUCUAUCAUUUCCUGUUGCUCAGCAACCGCCAGGCUGCCGCCACUCGUGUCUUCAAUGACUUCGUUGGCUACUUCCUGGCCAGUGAGGGCAAGCGGAUCAAGUCGACCGAGACUGCUCAAGUGAAGGUCUUUAUUUUGACCAUCCUCGACCACUUCCAUAAGCACCAGUCUACGAACUUUAUCCGCUCGAUUGGUAUUGCCAGCAACAGUCGUGUUCUCGAGCUUCUAAAGAAGAAGGACUACGAUAGUGCAUGUGAUCUCGCCAUCGCUUCCUUCAACUACAUCUCGGCUCAUGAUAUUUACCGUACUCCCGCUAUUGUCAAGUUUGUCUUCACUUUGGGCAUAGUGGUUACUGGUCGGACCAUCUCCCCGCAGCCCGAUCAGGCCGCCCAGAAGAAGUUGCUUGGAGCCUCCACGGUCAUAAUUCAGGAAGUCCUUCGCGUCGUCAGUGACCUGAAGAUCAACUUGGCUCAUAUCAGUCUGGACUACCUCAACAUCCUUAUCGGCGUUGUUGGUCAGCAAAAGGACUACAAGAACCUGGUCUGGCUUCUUUCUAGCAUCUGGAAUAACCGCAAUCAACAGAUCAACUGGUCCCCAGCUGUUACCCUUCAGCUGGCCCGCCGCUACAUCCUAGCCCGCUAUCUGGUUGGCGAUGCUCUAAAAGCCGCCCGCUUGGCUGAGGACAUUGUCUACAACUGCCGCCGGGUGAACGGUGCCCGCCACUCAAGCACCCUUGAGAUGUCUACCCUUCUUUCACAGAUUUACACUGGCAUUGCCCAGCGCUAUCAGUCCGAGAAGGGUGGUCAACACAUGGCCAGCAAGUACUACAAGAAGAGCGCCAGUGUGCACGAGAACCUCCUUCGCAUUUUCAUUGAUCCAUCAUUGGCCGACGUUGAAGGUGGUCUUGACAGCAGCAUGAGCAUAGAUGGAUCAGUAUUCGAGCUUGACUUGGCCGACAGCACCGUCAAUGGCAAUUUCUCGGACGGCGAGCAUGUCCGCCAGCACUUGCAGCUGCUCAAGCUUGCCGUGCAGCGGUUGGGUGACUGGCCUAAGGACUAUAGUGAAUACGACCAUCUGAAUGCUGAACUCUUUUCUACUUUCAAGGACGAGUUGCAGGGAGUCGAGGGUGUUGAAAAGUGGAACCUGAAGAGCUUUGGCUCCGGCAAGGCUGCCAGCAACGAGGACACGCUGAACUUGGAAUUCAAAUCUUGGGAACUUGAGGUUGCUCAGGCCAGGGAGGAGAACGAAGAAGUGCUGUGA